GGGGUUUUAAGUUUUUGUGAGAGAUGAUUCCAAUUUUUGAGAAUUUGAUGCUUCUGAUUGAAAAUUCCUUCAAGUUUCGCUACGGCUAUGAACUCAUGCUAUUCUUUGCACAACAUUGAGCCUCUUAAUGGCUCAAAUUUUAAAACAUGGAAAGAGCGUAUUGAGCUUUAUCUUGGCCUCCAAGGACUUGAUGUGUGUUUGAGGGAGCCUCAACCUGUUUUGAAUGAUACUAGUCCUGAGGCGAUAAUUGUGAAAGACAGGGAGUGGCAUAAGACCAAUAGAAUGGCCAAACUAAUUAUGAAACAAACCAUGUCACCUAUGGUGAGGGGUAGUGUUGCUGAACCUGAUACGGCUUUGGGAUUUAUGACUGCUAUUGGCCUGAAGUUUAAGGAGAAUGAGAAAGCAGAGAUUUCAGCCUUACUAGAUCAGCUUUUAGGCAUGAAGUUUGACACCUCAGAGAGUGUUAGGGAGCAUAUAAUGAAAAUUAUUCACAUAACCACUAGACUUGGUGAAUUGGAGAUUGCAUUCUCUGAUGCCUUCAUUGUUCACUUGGCCCUGAUCCGUCUUCCUCCUAGUUUUGGCCCACUGAAGACUGCAUAUUUUUCACAGAAGGAAAAAUGGGACUUGAAUGAGCUUAUAGAAAUUUGUGUGCAGGAAGAAGAGCUAAUUAAGAGCCAUGGGACUGUGUCUGUGAAUCUGGUUAACAAGCAGAAAUGGAAGGGUAAGGGUAAAGCUGUAGCGUCUAGUGCUGCAAAUUCUGGUGAGGGCACAAGCGGGACUAAGCCAUACCAACUUGGUCCUAAGAAGGGCGUCAAUAAGGGCAAGAAACCUGGGACAUUUAAGUGUUUUUUCUGCAAGAAGGAAGGGCACAUUAAAAAGAAUUGUACGGGUUUUAAAGAUUGGCUGGUGAAAAAGGGGCUUCAUAACAAGGAGGGCACCAAGGAAAAAUGAAGUCAACAUCUCUGUGGGAAAUGGAAUUGGAGUAGCAGUUAAAGCUAUAGGGACAGUUAGGCUAGUAUUAGGCUCUGGAGCCAUUUUUGAUUUAGAGAAUGUUUUUUAUAUCCCUUCUAUGAAGAGGAAUCUUAUUUCAGUUUCGUGUUUAGUCAAGAAAAGAUGUAUUUUUUUCAUCGACUUAUCAGGAAUAAAAGUUUCUUUUGGU